CGUUGCUAAGCAACGAACUUGACAAACAAACCCGGGAAAUGUGAAUUCAUAAAUAAAUUUUUUGGUUAUUAUUUGAUUAGCAGAUAUUUUUAACUAAAGAAUAUAUACCUAUUCUAAUUAUGAAUAUAUUUUAUUCGAUAUGGAAAGUAACACAGUCGAGACAUUACAAUCAGAAUUGGAUUUCUAUAGACAAAACCAAUCAGUAGUAGAACAAGAAAUACGAAAGCUUAUAACUGAUAACCAAAAGCUCUCUCAACAAGUGGGGUCUCUUCUGAAGGAAAAACUAGAAUGUACACAGCAAUGCUAUGACAACGAUCUGAGUAGAGAAGUGGAAGAAUUGAAAAGACAAAUAGCGCUACUUACUAAGGAACGGGAUUCACUGCAUGUAUUAUGGCAAACGUCUCAAAAAACCAUAGAAGCAUUGGACACAGAACUGAAGACAUACCAACAUUAUGAUAACCGAUUGGGGAAACAGAACAUCAACGAUGAAAAUCGAGAUUUGGAAUUGAAAUUAGAAACAGCACUAGCUGACUACGUUGAAUUGGAAUCAAAUUACAAAAAAGUUAAUUCGGAAAGAAAUUUUCUUGAAACUGAAUUAAAAAACAAAGAAAAAGAAAUUAACACUUAUAAAGAUAAAUAUAGAACCUUAGAAAAUACGUUAGAAGGUCAAAGCAAAACGCUAGAAGAGUUUAAAAUAAAUUCAAUAGCUGAAAGGAAAACCAAUGAGGAUAUAAGAAAUCAACUUGCAACUUGUCAAAAAAAUUGUUUCGAACAUGUGAAAAAGGAAGCAGAAGCGAAAUCAAAGGUAGCAGAAGCUCUACAACUUUUCGAUACUGUAAACGUUCAAAAGAAUGAAGCAAUGAAAAAGGUCUCGGAAUUAACAGAGGAAUUAACAAAGGUUAAACAAGCAUUGACAUCAGUAAAGCGAGAUGUGGAAAUGAAUUACAAAACAGAAUUAGAUGAAAUCAAAGAUAAAUAUAACGAAAAAGUAUCAGAUAUGUUGGAACAUGUAAGGAAUUUAGAUACGGAGUUGGUCGAAAAAGGAUUAUUGCUAAAUAAGGCUUUACGGGAAAUUAAAAUACUUCAAGCAGCCAACGAAAACAUCAUAGAGCAACAGAAUGAGAAUGCCAAAACAAUAGAUCCAAAGCUGGCAGUGGCAGAGCAAAAACUUGACGCAGUUUUCCAAGAAUUGGUAACUUCAGAGCGGCGGAAUAUACAGUUGGUUUGUGAAAAGCAGGGUUUAGCGAUGGAUAUACAAAGGAUCCAAGACGCGUACGCGAGGGAAACCAAACGAAGGGAUUGGGAGGAGAAAUUGUUGAAGACGCAAUGUUCGGAACUAAAGCUACAAGUGGAACACCUACAAAAAUCUCUAAACGAAACACACGAGAUGGUGAAUAAGUUGCAAAAUAUGAUGUCAUCCCGAACGGAACUUAGCGAAAAAUUGGUAUCGUCAAAAGAAGAAGAAUUGAUGGAAUUAAAUAAACAUUUAGAGAAUCAAAUGGAACUUAACAAAAAAUGGAGAGAGUCCUAUGUGGACAUGAAUGAAAAACUAAAGAAAAAGUUAGAAGCUUUGUAUAAAGAAAAUAAAGAUUUGCGUGCACAACUAAACUUGCCACACAGUAGCUCCACAGACAGUAUUGUUAGUUGAUAAAUAUUUUUAAUCUGUUAUAUUUCUCUGUUAUUCUAUGUGUCAUGUAAACCAUAGACAAUAAUCUUCAAAUGAUGGAAAUAAUAUAUAAAAAAAGCAUUACCAUUACCCAAAGUUCCUCACUAAAUCUUAAUUUAUUUUACAUAGCAACAUUAUU